AAUGCGCACUAGCCGUUGCUUGCCAACAGCCAAUAAAAAAGAAUAUACAUCAAUGUAAUGUAAUGUAAUGUAAGGACUAUCCACACGUGUCUGCUCUUUGUGUGUUCCAGGCGUCAGUGAAGAUCUUCUCCUCCAGGAGCUAUGUGGAGCUCCAGGACGGAGCAGGAUUGGCCACAAAGCCCCUACAUUAAGGAGGAAGUGGAGGAGCCACGGCCCCCCCACAUUCAAGAGGAAGCAGAGGAGCCACAACCCCUCCACAUUAAAGAGGAAGAGGAGGACCACAACAUCAGUCAGGAGGGAGAUCAUCUUGACGGACCGGAGGAGAUCCCAGUGAUUGGGGUCAUAGUGAAGAGUGAAGAUGAAGAAGAGCAUGAUCAAAGUGAGGAGAAGAGCGAGGUGGAGCCUCCAAGAAGCACCUCGACUCGUCACAGCGACAACACAGGCUGGAAAUGUUCUCAUUGCGACAAACUUUUUAGCUACAAGUCCAAUCUGACUGUGCACAUGAAGAUCCACACAGGAGAGAAACCAUUCUUGUGCUCAUUUUGUGGGAAAACAUUCUCUCAGAAGGUACACUUGACAGCACACACGAGAAUACACACUGGAGAUAAACCCUUUUCUUGUUCAGUGUGCAGUAGAGGUUUUGUACGGAACCGAGAUUUGAUCAUACACAUGAGAAUACACACUGGAGAGAAACCAUUCAUGUGCUCUGUUUGUGGGAAAAGAUUCUCUCAGAAGGCGCAUUUGACAGGACACACGAGAAUUCACAUCGGAGAAAAGUCUUUUUGUUGUCCAAGCAGCAGCUCAACUCAACACGCAGCAGAAGAAAAUCAUUGCAGAGGAUCACAAGCAGACAAACUCUUACCCCCGCUAUCGGACAGCGACGACUCGACAUCACAUUCGCCUGACACCGACGAUGGCGCUAAAGCUGAUGCGACAUGUCACACUGACAACACACACUUUAAAUGCUCUCAAUGUGACAAAACUUUUUACGACAGCAGUAAUCUGUCGAAACACAUGAGAAUGCACACCGGAGAGAAACCGUUCAUGUGCCCAGUUUGCGGUAAAGGAUUCUUUCAGACGUCGCAUUUGAAAGAACACACUAGAAUACACACCGGAGAGAAACCGUUUGCCUGCUCAGUUUGUGAUAAAAAAUUCUUUCAAAAGGUGAAUUUGACAGCACACACAAGAAUUCACACCGGAGAGAAACCUUUUUCCUGUUCAGUCUGUCAUAUCGGUUUUGUGCGAAAUCGAGAUUUGAAAAGACACAUGAGAACGCACACCGGAGAGAAACCGUAUUCUUGUUCAAUCUGCAACAAAAGCUUUUGCGACCGGACGCCGCUUGUAACGCACAUGAGGUUACACACAGGUGAGAAGGUGUUCAGCUGUAGUGUGUGUGAAGAAAGGUUCUCUUAUAAGUACCAGGUUAACAAUCACAAGUGUGCUGGUGAGAACAGAAGCAGGAAGUGAAGCUGCAGGACUUUAAACUUGUAAGACUCCGAAAACCACAAGCGGUUUGCUAGCCACAUUGCUAACUCACAUCUUAUGCCAUACAAAGCAUUGUGGGUACUGGGUAUGUACCUAAGAUCUCAGUAUUUGAUUGUGGUGUGUCAUCUGUUGGCUAGGGUGGGUGUUUCCACACACCAAGAGCAGUUACCCAGCCCGCUCCGUUGGUGGUGUUCGAUUCCUUUAAGUCCCUCUCACAACACAAUGCCUCAUUUUGUGCUUGCCUUUUAUUUGAAUCAUUCUUUCUGCUUGUGUGUAUCAGCCAUACCCCCUUUUGUGGUCAAUAAACCUGUGGCUGUGGAAUAAGUUCUC